ACUCGGUACCUUCAAAGGCGAAGAACGGCAGAGCGCUCCCGGGCCGAUCAGUGUCUUGUUUUAAAAGCCUCCCAUAUGCCAUAUGUGAGCGGCUACGUAGCGUCGUGUCUUCUAUUUUAAAGGGAAAUUAGGCUUGGGACAAGGAGAGGAUCCUCUAUGAAGAGCUGAAGCGAUUGAAGAAACCGAGCGGAUUUAAGUGCGCGACAACACUCCCAUCUCCUGGCUUGAGGAGCUUGAGAGCUUCAGUGCUUGAGAGCUUCAAAGCUUCAGAACUUCGUCCUCGGGCUAGCCCGAUUGCCGGGCUCCCAUCCAUCCAUCCGUCCAUCUAUCCAAGUUCUACGCCGCUCUCAAGUCUGAACGUGUUGGUUCAGGGGCUUUUGUUCGAUCGAGUGACGAUGAGGAUGGACUGAGAGCUCGAUCCUCUCUCCCUCUCUCUACGGAUAUCCAGCCACCCGAGGACUUAGUUGAGGUGAACAGCCUGAACUGGAGUGAACAUCAUGGUCGUCAGCUGUGUGGUUGUUUGUAGUACAGUGGCUUUUCCUUGGAGAUAGUGGAAGAGCACAGGGGCCAAAAACACCAACCAAUAUCUAGGAGCGGGUUGCGGGUCGAAUUUGGGAUCCAUUGCCCAUUUGUUGUGUCGAGAAAACCCGUAAGCUCAAUCCAGCGACUAUCUAACUCUGAUCUGAAGAAGACAGCCUAGAAGACGAUUCCGUGGUUUGUCAGAGUCUUUCACUCUGGUCAGUGGGCUGCGUUGCUACGAGGUUUAUUUCGGUUUUCGGUCUUCAGUCGCGGACAGGUUGUCGUGGUGUGGAGAUUUCUCGGAUUUCCUCAUGCGAAUCGGUGAGACGGUGAGACAGUGAGACAGCAGAGAGUUUAUUUUUUCAGACUUUGUUGGCUGAGGGUGACUUUCAUCUCCAUGAGCAUCAUCGUGUUCAUUUAUCUCGAUCUUUCUUUGUUCGUCGUGCAUUACCAUCCCAGCGUGAAGCAUAUUACCACCAUCUCCACAACCAACAAACAUUAUUGUAUUUGCCGUGCGUGCGUCUCUUUCUUGUCGUUGGAGUGUCCUUUUUCCACUUUCACGUGUGCUCCAAUUGUUUUCUUGCCAAUGGUUCGCGGUGUGAUUUAAAAAUAAUUGCGAUGAUCGAUGUUGGAAUCAGGAAAAAAAAGAUCGAACCUCGGCAAUCGUGACUUCUCAAGUGUGUUGAUGAUUUCGCAAAUCUCGAAUGAAAUCCAAAUGCAUUGAAGGCACUUCAAGCUCAGGGACCCACGAACACCUCUGUGCUUCUUGGCCUCUCGAUCUCUCUGUCUCUCUAUGCACAUCUCAUUCCGAUGAUUUGAAACGGAGAAAAAAAAAAAUUCACGACCAGGCUCAGCAUGAAACUCAUGACUACUUCUUAUCUGACUACCCAGCUCAAGAGUCUCUAGUUCGCACCAAACAAGGCAAUCAACAUGAACGGCAUGAUCAGACCCGUAUGGCUAUGAGAAAUUUGCAUUUUCCUCUCCCCGGUCGCCCAAUACAGUGAAACUUAAUCCCCGUCAUGCCUUCCUCCAGUGCAGUGCAUCACAAUGGGUCCGGGAGUGUUUCCGCAACACUGGAAGAAAUCUCCCAUGUGUCUUGUCCACAGUGUUCCCAAAGCAGUUCGUCCCGAUCCGGACGAAACUCGGCGUCCCACUCCUCAAACGCCACAACGACAACGAAUAGCUCCUCAAACCAUCGGAGACGUGAACGACGACGACGUCAUCAGAAUGGUUCUUCAUCUUCCUCAGCUGCUCAAGGCUCCUCCAGUAGUUCCACGGGUUCCAAUGGAGGUCGAGGCUCUCGCCAUCGACACCACGGAGGUUCUCACUCUCGAUGUCGACGGAAUGGCAAUCGAAGCAGCUCGUCCGCCAAUUCCCAUUCGAGAUCAAAUCGAAGUCGUCGGUCUGAAGUCAGGCGCUCGCCAGCUUCUCACGAGGUGCCCAUGGAAUUCGGGCCUGAAGAAGAGGCCUCCAAAUGUCAGACCCGACAAUGGCCGCAUAAUAUAAGUUUCAUGUUUGCUGGCCUGAGUUGCACCUUGGGAUUGUUUGGCAUCAGUCGCUUUGCCAUUCUCACCAUCGAUUUUGGGGCCGUUUUCAUAGUUCAAUUCUUGUUGCUCUCUUUGGUUUUUGGAAUACCAAUCAUGACAUUCUUCGCCAGUGUUGGUCAAUAUUUGGGUUCCGGGGUAGUGGACAUGUGGAGGAUUUCCCCUAUUUUUCAGGGAGUUGGAAUCUCCAUCAUGCUCACCCAUGCCGUUUAUGGUCUCUAUAACAUUGCCUGUUUGUCUUGGCUGUUUGCCUUCCUACGAGACUCAUUCAUCUCUAAUUUCGACCAAUAUCGGUGGACACUCUGCUUCCCAGAGACAAAUUACAAUCGUGGUUGCGAGGAACAUCUCUUCAAUGGCAGUGUUGCUCCAUUGGAGCAAACUAUUCCGGAUUAUUUCUCGGGCGUGGCCUUGAAGCGUGCCAGUCCACUCUACCCGCAAGGCAGUCAUUACAGCGGAGAUAUGCGCUUUCAAACGUUGUUUCACAUCAUUGUCAUUUGGAUGGCUUUAUUCAUAGGGUUAAGCACAGGGCUGAAAUCAUAUGGCAAAGUCUGCGUGUUGUUCGGUCUGACUCCGGUGGCCGGUUUCCUUGUUUUCUCGACCAAGAUCAUUGGACUGAUGCCCUGGGAAAGCUUCCAACAUUGGUUCUAUGCCUCCAAUUGGGAAGGCUUCACCACCAAUGGACAGAGCUGGAUUUGUGCUGCCCGUGAAUGCUUCUUCACCUGGUGCUUCUUGGGAGGGGUGAUGAUCCAAUUGGGAUCUCACAACAAGUUUCGUCAUCAACUGAUCCGUGAUACCAGCCUCAUUGUCAUUGUCACUCUGGGCGUGCUCAUGUUGUCCGGGAGUUUGGGCGUGGCUUUGGGGCAUAUCAUCAGCCAUUCCGGCUAUAAAUAUGGCGUGUCUUCGUUCGAAACUUACCACACUUAUGGGUUCCUGAAGAAAAUGCCAUCCCGUCAUGCUCGCUUGUUGAAUAACUUGCCUACUCCGGCAGCUUAUAAACGGGCAAGGGCGGAAAACACCGCUCAUAUUUCUUUCCUGGCGGGCAUAAGGAUACUGGAACCUGGACGAGAUCCCGAGAAGUAUUCUGGAUAUCAAGUGAUGCGCUUGUCCACCGAACUCGUUCCUUCUGUGGCCGCCAUAUUGGGCCCUCGCUUACUUUCACCACUUUGGGUGGCGCUGUUCUACUUUUCCAUGAUUCUUUUUGGCUUGGCUCAACAAUUGGCGGUUUGUCAUACUGUUGUGAGUGGCCUUUUGGCCGUUCGACCCGAACACUUCCUGGAAUUUGAGUCGGCUCUCACUUUUAUCACGUGUCUUCUGGGACUGGUCUUUUGUUUCCCAAUGGCUACCGAACUUGGGAUAUAUGUGGUCUACUUUCUGGAUUACGUUAUUGGAUGCGCAUGGUGGAUUAUCAUUCUCUAUCUGAUCCAAGUGUUUGCCAUGUUCGUGAUUCGGAGCAAAGCUUAUGGAGCAGAUCGAGUGGUCACCGUCCUGUUCAAGCCCAAGCAACUCUGCUCUCAACACGUUGGACCUCUGUUGGCCUUCAUUUGGCAUGUGAUAUUACCCGUGGGUCUCCUGGUACUUGGGGUGGUUUCCUUCAAGACUGGAAAUUUCGAUGAAAUGUUCGACUGGACUUCACCCUCUUCCAACUAUCACUAUCUGCCCUCGUGGGUGAGAGAGUUGGGGGCUAUGCUUCAAAUCCUCCCACUGAUAAUGGUUCCCUUUGUGGCGAUUGUCCAGAGCUGUCGUUAUUACUUGUAUGGUCCUCAAGAUCUCUACGACAGGGUCCAAUUGCUAUAUCGACCCACAUUUGCCAACCAGCGGGAACAACAACUCCGAUCUGCUGGUGUCCAAAGAAACGUUGUUUUAACAAACUUUAGCUCCAAUAGCAACACACCCACAAGACCAUUAAGCAAUGACCCUCCUCCCAAAUACACCCCUCCACCUAGUUAUUCGACUGCAACGGGAGCUAGGUUGGCCCGGUUCCUAAGACAAAGCUUUAGACAAAGUGUCCGGAGAAUACGUGACAUAACAACCAUUAAUUCGGCUGCCUUGACCGUCGAGUCCUCAGAUCAUGUCAUUUCAAAUGGAGCUGCGGCAGACGGGUUGGCUCGAAAGCCCAAUUCUAAUCCUGUGGAUCAAGAAGCUCCGCCACCCGACUAUGCCACAGUUGUGAUUGAGGCCACCGGAGGUCAACAGCCCUCCCAUGCCGACAUUGAACUUGAUCCCACUGUUACUAGUUUUAAUUCUGGCAUUGGAAAUGCCGGCUUCAGCAUGGACUCUGACUUUCCUUUGACCUCAUUAAGCUCAUUCAGGUCGUCACGGCAGCCCUUGUCGCUUUCACCAACUCACAACUUGGGCGCCUCUGCCCCGCAAACCACUUUACAAUCCUUUCAAGGCCAUCACUUCGAUGGUGAACCAAGAUCUUUGGAACGAUCCGUGAUCCAAUCCAGCAGUUUUCGCCAUUCUCUACCAAGUGACAGCGAACCCCUUUCUCGAGUUGAUAGCGAGGCCAUUCUCAUCCACAGUGCCGAGCCCAUCGAUCGAAUCCGGCCAGGUCGAGAUCUGGGCUGUGAUUUGUAUAGUAAACCCGUGGGGAGCUUGUUAGAACGAGAUCAAAUAACCCCGUCCAGGGCGUCCACAAUGAGUUUGGGCGGAACCGAGUUGUCGGAAAUUGAGGCCCGAAGUGGUGGAUCGUCGUCAUCAGAGGAGGAUAUUGAGAUGGCCGAAGCUAGAAAUAUUAAUAUCAUCGGAGCCGGGCGGAACAUUCACUUAAACUCGGAGAGUGACACUUUAGUUCUUGAGAUGGAUAUGUCAACUUCUGUGAUAUGAUCGAUCAUAUUUAAAACAAGCAUGUUGCUGUUGUUAUGUGUUAGUGAAUACACUCCAAAAUCAAGAAAUAUUGUUUAACAAA